UUCUCUCUUAAAACUCGUUAUCAGAGAUAGAGAGGCACUGGUUGCCUUCUGCUGAAAUCCGAAUCAUGCCCUUUACUGCUUCCCAAAAGUCUCCUUCAAUGUAAGUUUUAAAACUAUAACCACGUUAGCCUAUCGCUUAAACGCUACGGUGCGUUAUUGAAGGUUGUUCUAAUAAAAACGCGUGAAAGAGUAAAGGUUUGUUGCUGUGGCAUUGCUGCCAGGUAAGCUGUCUAAUCGUGUUGGGGACAGAUGAAGACAAUAUGGGGGAUGCUUGUUCUCAAAAGCUGGGAUCUACCAAGUACCUCCGGCUCCUCCUGUUCAUCCUGAUCCCCUGCAUUUGUGCCCUCAUCUGCUUGCUGGUCAUCCUCCUGGCUUUUGUGGGUAUAAUCGGAAAUGGAAUCCUGGAGAGCAGCGAGACGGAGACGCUGUCGACCAGCGAAGGUGCCCUCACCACCGGUGUUCCCUUCACCCUGCUCAACACGGCAUCGCCGGGGGCGACCGCGAGGGUUGGGGCGGAGCCUAGCACGCAGUCCGCGUCGCUGGACGCCGGCCGUGACCAGACCGCCCAGGGCUGGGGUCGCUGGAAGCCCCGCCCCUCUGACCCCCCGCUGACCACCCCACCCCGGGACACGUCCACCAGCACCCCGGAGUGGGUGACCUCCCUGUCCACGCUGGGUCCACCGGCACUGGCCACCCCCCGGGACAGAGUCACCCCCUCUGUGGACCAGGAUGCCUGUUCGGACGUCAGCGAGAGCCAGUGCCACAUGCUGCCCUACAACCAGACCAGCCAGUCGUCCAGCAGUGCCAUCGUGAAGAGCAUUGAGGUGGAGAUGUUCCUCAAGUUCUUCAGCUAUCUCUACCGCCUCAGCUGCUACCGCCACAUCAUGCUGUUUGGCUGCAGCCUGGCCCUCCCAGAAUGCAUCAGCGAGGGCGAGGAAAGGCGGCUGGUGUUCCCCUGCAUGUCCUUCUGCGAGGCGGCGCGUGAGGGGUGCGAGCCCGUGCUCCAGAUGUUCAACGCGUCCUGGCCCGACUUCCUGCGCUGCUCCCAGUUCACCAACGGCUCGGCCGCGUCGGAUAGAGGCGCCACCGCCGCGGUCUGCUACAGCCCCAAACACGACAAAGCUCUGUGUGGAGGACGAGAUCACUUCCUGUGCUCGACAGGAAUCUGCAUCCCCAGGAAGCUGGUGUGCAACGGGUACAACGACUGUGACGACUGGAGCGAUGAGGCAGAGUGCACUUGCGAGGCCGACCAGUUUCGGUGCGGGACGGGGCGCUGCCUGGGCCACGGAUUCGUGUGCGACGGAUACGACGACUGUGGAGACCUGAGCGACGAGCAGAACUGCGAGUGCGACCCGGCCAAGGAGCACAGGUGUGGGGACGGGCGGUGCGUCACCAGAGACUGGCUGUGCGACGGAGACCACGACUGCAUCGACAAGAGCGACGAGGUCAACUGCUCGUGUAAGAGCCAGGGUCUCCACGAGUGCCGCAGCGGCCAGUGCAUCCCCACCGCCUUCGUCUGCGACGGAGAGGAAGACUGCAAGGACGGCAGCGACGAAGGCAACUGCACCCACCAUCAGAGCCAGAGCACAUGUAGUCCUGGACAACCGAGCUGCAUCUCCACCACAUGUACUCACGGUUGCCAUGGAAAUACUCCCUGUGACAGCCGCACCAACGGCUCCAACUGUAGUCAGUGUGAGCCCAUCACGCUGGAGCUCUGUAUGAAUCUGCCUUACAACACCACCAGCUUCCCCAACUACCUGGGCCACCAGACCCAGAAGGAGACGUCCAUCAGCUGGGAGUCUUCUCUCUUCCCGGCUCUGGUCCAGACCAACUGCUACAAGUACCUCAUGUUCUUCGCCUGCACCAUCCUGGUGCCCAAGUGCGACCCGGAGAGCCAUCAGAAAGUACCUCCUUGCCGGUCUUUGUGCCGAAACUCCAAGGAGCGGUGCGAGUCCGUGCUCGGCAUUGUGGGAUUGCAGUGGCCUGAGAACACCGACUGCACCCAGUUCCCCGAGGACGGCCAGGGGAACACUACCUGUCUGCUGCCCGACCCGGACGUAGACGAGUGCUCCCCGAGUCACUUCAAGUGCCGGUCGGGGAGGUGUGUCCUGUCCUCCAAGAGAUGUGACGGACGGAUGGACUGCGACGAUGACAGCGAUGAAGAGCACUGCGGCUGUAAGGAGAGGGGAUUGUGGGAAUGCCCCAGCAACAAAGCCUGCAUCAAGCACACAAUGAUCUGCGACGGCUUCCCAGACUGCCCGGACCUAGCGGACGAGAGGAACUGCACUAUCUGCGAUGAUAAUGAGCUCGCGUGCAACAAUCACGAGUGUGUCCACCGCACGCUGUGGUGCGACGGGAGAAAGCACUGCUCCGACAGCUCUGAUGAGUGGGACUGCGUGUCCCUGUCCAAUGGCAGCUCCGCGGCGCUGACCGUGCGCAGGACGGCGUCGGAGUACCAGGUGUGCGCGGACGACUGGCAUCCGGCGCUGAGUCGGCUGGCCUGCGGGCAGAUGGGUUUAGGAGUCCCGACUGCCGUUGAGAUGCUAUUGGACGAGCCCAGCCAGCCGGGUCGCAGGCGGUGGCUCCACGUGCGUCCUGAUUGGUUGCAGAAGAAUGGGUCGGCGCUGCAGGCCAUGCUGGAGAAGAGAGGACACCCGUGUCAUUCACGUACGAAAGUAUCCCUCCAUUGCUCCAGAGAAGACUGUGGGCGUCGCCCGGCAGCGCGCAUGUCGAAGCGGAUUCUGGGCGGGCGAACGAGCCGGCCGGGGCGCUGGCCGUGGCAGUGCUCGCUGCAGAGCGACCCAAGCGGGCACAUCUGCGGCUGCGUGCUGAUUGGCCGGAAGUGGGCACUUACGGUGGCGCACUGCUUCGAAGGCCGGGAGAGCGCGGACGUGUGGAAGGUGGUCUCCGGAAUCAACAACCUGGACCACCCGUCGCCCUUCAUGCAGACCAGGAAGGUGAAGAACGUGAUCGUUCACCCGCGCUACAACCGCGCCGUGGUGGACUACGACAUCAGCGUGGUGGAGCUGGACCGCGAGGUGGAGGAGACCAGCUACGUACGCCCGGUCUGUCUCCCCCACCGGGGUCAGCUGCCCAAACCCGACACCUACUGCUACAUCACCGGCUGGGGUCACAUGGGCAACCGGAUGCCAUUCAAGCUGCAGGAGGGGGAAGUGAGGAUCAUCUCCCUGGACCAGUGUCAGUCUUACUUUGACAUGAAGACCAUCACCUCCCGGAUGCUGUGCGCCGGGUACGAGUCAGGGACUGUGGACUCCUGCAUGGGGGACAGUGGGGGGCCGCUCGUGUGCCAGGAGCCGGGGGGCCGCUGGAGUCUGUACGGGCUCACCUCCUGGGGGUCCGUCUGCUUCUCCAAAGUCCUGGGGCCCGGCGUCUACAGCAACGUGACCCACUUUGUGGAGUGGAUCGAGAGACAGAUCUACCUGCACACGUUCCAGCUCACCUAGCCGGGCCGCGCGGCGCCGGGGAGGUCCGUCGCUUCCCGCUCUCUUUCUUUAGGCGCGGGUCGAAGGGGACGUGAGCGGAACCGGCCGGGAGAUCGCUGUCCCCCUCCUCUGUGGGCCUGAAGGCAGGGUUGCUGGUAAGAGAGGGGCGGAACCCCGAAAGUUAGGGUGCGGCUCUCCUCUGGUUGUCCCAGGAAGGGGAGAUUUCGGGACUUGCGCGAUCCCCGUCACUGUGUUCCGAGGCCAUUCCAGGAGGAAACGCCCGCCGGAUACUCUGGUCGUCUUAGUCGUUGUUCUGUCUCUCUGAACGCUGCGAGCCAGCUGUGUAAAUGCAUCAGACCUGCAUUCCACAGUACGGCAGCGUCUGGGCUGCUGUCUCCCUGUGACUGAGUCACACGCACCACACCCACCUACCCACGCACACACACACACACACACACACACCACACCCACCUACCCACGCACACACACCCACGCACCACACCCACCUACCCACGCACACACACACACACACACACACACACACC